AUGAAUCUACGAACAAAUUCACCGUAUGAAGCAUUUAAUGAUUUAGCAACUGUUCUUUGGAUAAUAUUUUGUGCAUCAUAUUUGCUUACAUUCUAUGAUGAUACACGUAGAGUGUUUCGUACUUCACAAGUUUGGGCAAGAGUAAGGAAUGGAGUCGGGGAAAAAAUGGCAAUGUUGGGAGAUGGUUGGGGAGAUUUCUUUCAAAAAUGUUUUGAUCAAUGGGAUGAUGUUGAUGGAAAUAAAAAUGGUCAUCUUGGACAUUGGGAGGGUUGGUUGAAAGGUACAAUGUUUAAUUUUAUGACAAUAGUUACAGGUCAAGGUGUUAAUGAUAAAUUUAAACAAUCAGCUCCAACUUUUCGAUCUCAAUUUAGCAAUACAAAAAAUACUACUACUAACAACAAUACUACUAGAAAUGGUGAUAAAAAAAUUCUUCAAGAUGUCAUGAUGGGCAAGAAAUCACAUGGAUUUAAUCGGUUUGCUUUUUUUGGUGAUAGUCUUAUAAAUUUUCAUGUAACAAAUUAUAUUUUCAAAAAGUUUCCAUAUUUUAAUAAUGGACAAUUAUCGGUUUGUAAAGCAUUGCUGGUGCAAAGUAAACAAUUGAAAUUUUUUGCGAUUGAAUGGGAAUUAGACAAAUUGGCAAAUAUUGAAGGACCAAUUAAAUUAAACCUUAAAGAAAAUAUAAGACCUUACAGUGAAUGCUUGGAAGCAUAUAUUGGUGGAUAUUAUUUAGAUUUGUGUGAGAGAAAGGGUGAUGAUGAAGCAGAAUUGAAAGUGAAAGAAUUAUGCAUUGACAUAGUAGAACAAACUAUUGAUUCUAUGAUUAAAACGUGGAAAGUAUAA